GGCUUUCGCUACUUCGAUAAGAGGCAGUUGUUUUUCCCAGCACCAGCAUUUUCCCGCUUGUGCUUCGGAUAUUCGCCGCCAAACCCUAAACCCAAAAAACCCUAAGCCUCUUUUUCGCACAAAGAUGGGGCGCAAGAGGAAAUUUAUCGACAAGAAGAACUCCGCCAUCUUUCAGCUUCUUGCCCGCGAUUCCUCCUCCUAUCCCGCCACCUCCGCCGCCGACGAUGGCGGCGCACCGGCGUCCGACCGCGUCUUCGUGCGGGUCGACAACAAUCCCUACUCCGUCCACGGCCUCCUCGACGAGGAGGAUUGCAGCGAUGGCGACGGCAAGGAGGUCCUCCCCGAGGUCGAUGAUGCCAAUUCCAUCUUCGCCGAUGCGCCAGGCGACACCGAUGACGAUGGGAGCGCCCCGCCGCCAUGGAUUGGCGCCGUCGGCGGCGCAUCCCGGGGUCGCAACGGGAACGCCCUUCCAGACCACGUGAGGCGGGAGAUUUUGGAGCUGGGGCUCCCCGACGAUGGUUAUAAUUACCUCAUCCAUCUCCGUGAGAUCAAGAAUGCCGGCGGUGGGUCCUCCUACUACCAUAACAGCAAGGCCAGGUUCGAUUGGGUUCCGCUCGAUGUUAAGGCCUACGACGCUUCAAGGCUUCGAAUUAGCUCUGCGGUCGGUGAUGAGUCGAAUGGGGAUUCAAUCUAUACUGUUGCUUCGAAGACUGUUGGUGUUAAGGUUCAGAAGGCAGUGGAUCCUGAUGUGGCGAAGUUGCUGGAUGAUGAUGAUCUGUCACAGUUUGGAUCGGAUGUUGAGGAUUUGGAGGAGGAUUUCGUGGUCAAGGCAAAUCUUCCUGAAGGAGAGGACGAAAUAAAUGAGGAGGAGGAGGAGGAGGAGGAGGGAGGUGGUGAGAAGGUUGCUGCCAAAGAAGAGGUUGGCAUGGCAAGAGAUAGCCGGUGGGCAGAGCAGGAGAAUGAAUUUGCUCAGGGAAAUGGAGAAGAUGAACUUAAGGGUGGUGAAAAGCCAAGAGUUCGUCGACUUCUGGAUGAGCAAUUUGAUCUUCUCACACUGCGAGAAUACGAUAAUGACAGUGAAGAUGAUGAUGCUGUUUAUGUAGAUACUGAACGUGAAUUGCUUGCUAGUAAGAUUAAAAAUGUCCUUAAAGAGUAUGCAAUGGAUGAUUUGGAACUUGAUGACAAGUAUAGGGUGCCAGGGGUUUAUGUACAUGGUCAUCAAGUGCCAAGCACAGAGACACAGCUGGAUGCAUCUGCUGAUAUUAUCCGCAGGUGUGCACAGUUUGCUGAACAGUACUGUAAUGAGAGCCAAGAUGAUGAAGAGAUUGUGGUUGAGGAAAGUAGUGAAGAAUCUGAAGUAUGGGACUGUGAGACUAUUGUUUCUACAUAUUCCAAUCUGGACAAUCACCCUGGAAAAAUACAGGCUCCUGAGAAUCCUAAAAAGCGUAUUCCAAAAAAUUUUCCUGGAGACUUAGUUGCCAAGAGCAAUGUGAUUGCACUUCGAGGAAAAGAAAAGCUUCCGGUGGAGUACUUACCACAAAAGAAAAAAACAGGUGAAAAUUUAAAAACAACAGUAAAAUCAGAUGCUGACAAGCCAAAGAGGAGACAACGUGGGGAAUCAAAGGAGGACAAGAAAGAGCGCAAGGCUGCCGUAAAAGAAGAGAAAAGAGAAGCACGAAGAGCAAAGAAAGAACUGAAAGGCCUGUACAGAUGUGAAACCCAGAGAGCUCAGCAGGUUGCUGCUGUUUCAGGGCCAUCUUCCAUGCACCUUAUGUAACACCCAGUUUGGUUGGCUGUGAGUUAUUCUUUCAUGACAUGAUCAAGAAAAGACCCGGAACAAGUAAAGCUGUAUGGUCUAUGGCUACACUUGCAUGCCAAACUUACCAUGUUUGCCGAAGCAAGCAGCCCAAUGCAUGAUGCAGUCAAAAGGUUUCUACAUAUAGCUCUUGGGAUAAAAUCAAUCAAUCAGAUAUGCAAUGUUUGUUCUCUUUUGGACCUAAAGCACAGGUUGUUGAGCUUGUUGUAAUGCCGUCAGCAGCACUUUCUAGCAUACUGGGGUGGUUGAGUUAUUAUUAUUAUUAUUUUUUUUUUCUGGUUUAUGUCAUCUAGUUUUUAUGAACCCGAUAAAUGGAAGCUGCUGUGUCCUAGUCUUUUCCCCAGAACGAAGCUCCAAUCUCUGGUUCACA